UGAGACAGGCACUAAGAGAGAGAAAAGGAGCGAGAGAGGGAGAGAGAGAGAAUGAGAGACAGAGAGAAAAUGAAAGCGAGAGAGAGAAAAGGAUUAGAUAGAUAGAUAGAUAGAUAGAUAGAUAGAUAGAUAGAUAGAUAGAUAGAUAGAUAGAUAGAUAGAGAAUGAGACAGGCACUGAGAGAGAAAGAGUGAAAGAGAGAUAUAGAAGAGAGAGAGAGAAAAAAGGAGAGAGAGAGAAUGAGACAGGCACUAAGAGAAAGAAAAGGGGAGAGAGAAAGAGAAUGAGACAGACAGAAAGAGAGAAAAUAAAAGCAAGCGAGAGAGAAAAUGAUAGAUAGAUAGAUAGAUAGAUAGAUAGAUAGAUAGAUAGAUAGAUAGUGUGUGUGAGAGAGAGAAAGAGAAUGAGACAGGCACUAAGACAGAGAAAAGGAGAGAGGGAGAGAGAGAAUGAGAGACAGAAAGAGAGAAAAUGAAAGCGAGAGAGAGAGAAAAGGAUAGAUAGAUAGAUAGAUAGAUAGAUAGAUAGAUAGAUAGAUAGAUGCAGGAACUAAGAGAAAGAAAGAGAUAUAGAAAAAAGAAAUAGAGAGAGAGAGAGAGAGAGAGAGAAAGAGAGACUGAGAGUAAGAAAGUGGAAGAGAGGUAGAGAGAGAAAAUGAUAGAUAGAUAGAUAGAUAGAUAGAUAGAUAGAUAGAUAGUGAGUGAGAGAGAGAGAGAGAGAGAGAGAGGAAGAGAGAAAAGGAGAGAGGGGGAGAGUGAUAGAGACAGAGUGAGUGUGAGAGAGUGUGAGGUAGAGUCUCUCCUCGUCUCCGGUGCUGUGUGCAGUAAGUUGCGCUCUCUCUCUCUCUCUCUCUCUCCGCUGUAACUUUCCUUCCUCCUCCGGAUCCUGAACUCCGUCUCUCUCCCACCUGCGCAGUUCGGAGCUGCCAUGAAUCCCGCCGCCGCGUUUCCGAUCUUCAUCUCCGCGCUGCUGCUGCCCGCCCACGGCCUCUACAUCGCCAGUAGCCUAGAUUCCCUGCAGCACGUGCUGGGGGACUAUGGACUGGUGAGGCCCGUGCUGAGCGACGCGCACGGCCGCUUCUUGUCGCACGCGGUGUCGGCGGGCGCAGCACGUGGGCAGUUCCGUAGGCGCUGGCGAAGAGAGGCGGAAACGGUCGACGAGCCACAAGGAGACGGCGAGAGGCUCUACUACAACGUCACCGUCUUCGGCCGGGAAUUCCACCUGCGCCUGCGCCCCAACACGCGCCUGGUGGCUCCCGGAGCCAAGAUGGAGUGGCAGACGCCGGGCGGCACACGCUCAGAGGUGCUAAACACCGACUGCAUGUAUGUGGGCGACAUCACAGACAUACAAGGAGCCUUGGUGGCCAUCAGCAACUGUGACGGCCUGGCGGGGAUGAUCCGAACCGAGAAGGAGGAGUUCUUCAUUGAGCCAGUGGAGACGGGACAUCAUGUGAUGGAGCAGGAGGAUGGUGGCGGCGGUCGUCCUCACAUUGUGUACCGUUCCGCUGCUGUGAAGAAGCCUCCCACCAGCCCACUAGCCGUAGAUCUUCAUUCCAGAGGUGCUGAUCUUGGAGGUCUACUGGAUCUGGAGACUCUCUAUGAAGGAGUAGAGCGGAGUGUGAAUCGGAGCCGGAGAUCUCGUCGUCAGUCUCCUGAGCGAGCCUAUAACAUCGAGGUACUGCUUGGGGUUGACGAUUCGGUGGUGCAGUUUCAUGGAUCGCAGCACGUCGAGAAGUACCUGCUUACGCUCAUGAACAUUGUGAAUGAAAUUUACCAUGACCAUUCCCUGGGUGCUCGGAUCAAUGUGGUUCUGGUACGGAUUGUCUUGGUGGAUGCCAAAAAGUCCACGAAUCUGAUCGAGCUGGGAAACCCGUCUCAGAGUCUGGAGAACGUGUGCCGCUGGGCGUUCGAGCAGCAGAGGAAGGAUGCUAAUGACAAAGACUACCACGAUCACGCCAUUUUCCUUACACGCCAAGAGUUUGGACCAACAGGGAUGCAGGGUUACGCUCCCGUGACUGGUAUGUGCCACCCAGUCAGAAGCUGCACUCUGAACCAUGAGGACGGCUUCUCCUCUGCCUUCGUAGUGGCCCAUGAGACCGGUCAUGUGCUGGGAAUGGAACAUGAUGGUCAGGGGAAUCGAUGUGGGGAUGAGGUGCAGAUGGGCAGCAUCAUGGCUCCUCUGGUGCAGGCCGCCUUCCACAGAUUCCACUGGUCCCGCUGUAGCCAACAGGAACUGGGCCGCUAUUUACACUCAUAUGACUGUCUGAGGGACGAUCCAUUCGAGCACACGUGGGAGGAAUUGCCCCAGCUGCCAGGCCUGCACUACUCCAUGAAUGAACAGUGUCGCUUUGACUUUGGCGCCGGAUACAUGAUGUGCACAGCGUACCGCCCCUUUGACCCAUGUAAGCAGCUGUGGUGUGCUCAUCCAGACAAUCCCUUUUUCUGCAAGACCAAAAAAGGACCGCCGAUUGAUGGCACGAUUUGUGGGGACGGCAAGCACUGCUUUCGAGGACACUGUGUGUGGCUGUCUCCAGACAUCAUAAAGCGAGAUGGGAACUGGGGUUUGUGGAGUGAGUACGGUGCCUGCAAUCGGCCCUGCGGCAGAGGAUUACAAUUCCGCACUCGCGCUUGUGACAAUCCACGUCCUGCUAAUGGUGGACGCACCUGCUCAGGCUCAAACUACCAGUUCCGGGUGUGUAAUACUCAUGAAUGUGAGGACCCGUACCAGGACUACCGGGCCGAGCAGUGCAGCUCCAUGGACAGCAAAUUUGAGUACCACAACAAGAAACACCACUGGCUGCCUUAUGAGCACCCUGACCCUAAACAGCGCUGCACCUUGUACUGCCAGUCCAAAGAGACACGAGUGGUGGUGAACAUGCAGGAGCUGGUGGAACCGGGCAGCCGCUGCUCCUACAAAGACCCCUACAGCGUGUGUGUGUAUGGCGAGUGUGAGAAAGUGGGAUGUGAGAACGUGGUGGGUUCACCAGUUCAGGAGGACAAGUGUGGUGUGUGUGGGGGAGAUGGAACCAGGUGCAAGACUCACAGGUUCAACUUCACCUUCACUGAUAAGAAAGGUGUUAUUAAAGUGCUUGAAAUUCCAAGAGGAGCGAGGCAUCUGCUUAUCCAGGAAAUCAAUGGAACAGCUAAUAUUUUGGCUGUGAAGAACAAAGCAACCGGUGAUUUCUUCCUCAACUCUCAUGGAGAUUACCCAGAAACCCGUUCAGUCAUUGAGAAAGGGCUGGAGUGGCAGUAUGAGAACAAGAAUAACAAAGACACCAUUCAGACCAAUGGACCUCUGAAAAAUGAUGUCGUUCUCAUGAUCCGGAUUCACAGUUCAGCACGGGCGAAGGUGUCAGUCAAAUACAUUACCAACUUUGAUCGACUCAGCGACAGAGCCAAUGAGAACAACAUGGUGCCUGACAAUGCAGUACCCUACUCCUGGGUGAUCAAGAAGUGGACCCCCUGCUCCAAGACCUGCGGGACAGGCACACAGAUGACACGCUAUGGUUGCCGUAAGAACGCUGAGAAGAGGCUGGUGCACCGGCGCUUCUGUGAGAAAAUCAAAAAGCCUUCUGUAAUUUUCAGGGACUGCUACCUACGCGAAUGUGCUCAGCCCAUCUGGGAGACUGGAGAUUGGGGUGAGUGCAGUAAGUCCUGUGGUAAGUUUGGGACUCAGACACGCUCAGUGCGCUGUGUUCAGCCUCUCAGUGAUGGAAAGUUCAAGUCGAUCCGGAGUCGAUACUGCAACGAUGAACGUCCUGAAGCGAGACGCGACUGCAACCGCGUGCUCUGUCCUGCUGAGUGGAAACUGGGGCCAUGGUCACAGUGUUCAGUGACAUGUGGCAAAGGGACUCAAGAGAGGCAGGUGCUCUGUCAUACCCGUGACAACACCAUCGGACUGUGUUUGGAAUCCAAACCUCUGGCACUGAGAUCCUGCAGCAUGGACCCAUGCCCAAGCGCACGGUGUCACACUGACCGCUCUAUGUUGUGCAAGAUGGUGACGCUCCAGCAGUAUUGUAAGAUACCUACCUUCCAGCGCAUCUGCUGCAAUUCCUGCAGGACUGCCAGCACAACAAGCAUCGCUACACCAAUGGGUCAUCCACUAACGACGCCAAGAGUAAGCAUAAGAAGCUUCAAUUUCACUGUGAAAACCACAAGACCUCCAUCUGCCACACUGACAGGAACCACUACCAAAAGUAUUUCAUAUACAGAAUAUAACAUGAUCCUUACAACAGGCAUUAAGGUAGAAGCUACAACUCCAAAUGUUCCCAUGAACACAUCAAGCAACUUCUUCACUGAUUCAAACACACCUAUGCCACUAGCCGUUACAACCCAGACUUCAAAUGCCAACGUAACCUUGUCCAUUGUCGAUGAUGUGAUACAAAACACAACAGUUAACCCUGAUACAGAUAACAAUAGCAUCACUGGAAUGGAUGAGGUACCGGUAGACUUCACUUUGGUGACCAGCACAACUCCUGAGUUUGAUGAAUCCCAAGUUAGCAGUAGUGCCCACCCUGAAAAAGUUGGAAUGAGGGUCCAAAUCAGUGAGGAUGAGGAGUUAACCACUUCAGGUUGGCACAAGACAGAAACAAUCACCAAUGCCAACGUGGUGCAAAUAUUGACAACACUGAUGCCAGAAACGUCAUCACCUGAAGAAAACAUGGAAUCAUCAUCCACCAUGACAAUGCCAAACACAGUGGCAAUGACCACAUCAGCACCAGUGACAAAGAAGGUGACAACAACCAGCCCAGCUAUCAAAGAAGAGGACAACAAUGCCAUUGAGAUCCCUUUCCAAAUUAGUGGCGUGGACAAUGAGUUCCCUGAAAACAACAUCAUUCCAAGAAGAGGGCGCGUCUUCCUGCGGGAACGAACACGCAACAAACGGAUCCAGGAGCUUCUUGAGGAAAAGAGGAACUUUUUACGCCGAAUGAAACGAGCUCAGGGCUUUUAAAGCCUGCUUUCUCUUAUAGAGAGAUAUGGCAAUGCUACUUUUAACCCCAAACUCUAUUUUGGUGCUUGGGUCAAGAACUGGAAAAGGGCCUUCCCACAUUCACUUUACGUUAAAUGGCAAACUGAAAUUUGUGGCGACAAAACCACUAGCAAAUGUUUGCACAGUAGCUUUGAGCACAAAGUCCUUUUGGAGCAUUUCUUUUAAGGGACCUCAGGUUUAAAGUGUUUUUUUUUUAGAUGGCCUGAAAAAUGAGUGAGAUUGCUGUUUUUUUUUUCAUGACAAAUCUAACAGGCAUGUAAACACAUACGAAUAUGGGUAAUAAAACUACUCUGCAUUGCCAAAAGUUUGUGGACACCUGGCUAUUACACCAUCGUGUGGGCCUUCCCCAAAGUCAGAAACACAUACCGUAAUUGUAUAGAAUGUCUUUGCAUUCUGUUGCAUUACAAUUUCCCUUCACUGGAACUAAGAGGCCCAAACUUGUUCCAGCACGACAAUAACCCUGUGCACAAAGCAAGCUCCAGGAAGAUAUGGUUUGCCAAGUUUGGAGUGGAAGAACUUGAGUGUCCUGCACAAAACAGAGCCAUGACCCAAUCCCCACUGAACACAUUUGGGAUGAACUGGAACUCCAGAACUCUGACUGCAUCCCGGUUCUCCACACCCAACAUCAGUACCUUACCUGACCUCCCUCAUGCUCUUGUCAUUGAAUGCACACAAAUGCCCACAGCCACGCUCUAAAUGAUUCCCAGAAGUGGAAAUGAGAAGUGGAAAAAUUACCAGAAGAGCGGAGGUUAUUGUAACAGCAAAUAGGGACUAAAUCUAUUCAAACAGCACAUGUGGGCAUGAUGGUCAGGUGUCCACAAGACGUUUGGCUAAAUAGUGUAUAUCAGUGGUUGUAAAACAGUGAUUUUUCCGCCCCUUUAACUGUAAAACAAAUUCCGUGGAUGAUUCCAUGAAUCCUUUGGAUUUGAUACCUGGUGAACAUAGUGAAUUUUUUUCCCGUUGCCACACUUAGGAGCGUGGAGCUAUAGAGCCUUUUAUUCCUGAACUUUCCACCAACAUUUGACAAGUUGACAUUAUUUAUAAGAUUAAUUGAUGUUCAGUUAUUAUGGUUGGGAUUCAAUUCGCGUAACCAGUGAAACUGGCUAAUAACUUUAUGCCAGUCUCAAUAAUUGGAGUGGCAUGGUGGUGUAGUGGUUAGCACUGUUGCCUCACAGCAAGAAGAUUCUGGGUUCAAGCCCAGUGGCUGACAGGGGCCUUUCUCUGUGGGGUUUCCAUGUUCUCCUCAUAUUUGCAUGGGUUUCUUCCGUGUGCUCCAGUUCUCCCCACAGUCCAAAGACAUGCAUUUAGGCUAACUGGCUACUCUAAAUUGUCCAUUGAUCAAGUUUGGAGAGGGAAGGGCUCUGCCAAGUUUAAAUGCCCUACACACACCAACAAUGGACUGGUAAAAGGUCAUCAGUGAUGGCCCUUCCUGGUCAUGGGUUGAAGAAGUAGUCUCAAUAAUUAAUAUAACAAUUUUAUAAUGGUGGGUUGUGAUUUUCCACCACAUAAUGUAAAAAUCUUGGACCCCCUGUCUAUGCUAUAUUGGCCCCUUUAGGUUCUUGGACCCCACUUUGAGAACCCCUGCUCUAUAUUAGUAUACAAUACCAAUAAUAUUAAUUAUUCUAUCCACAUUCACUGGAUAUGAGCAAUUGCGCACUUUGAUUGGCUACUCUAUUACUAGGAUAUCAGCUUAUAUACCGUGAGUAGAGAAAAACAAAAUGGCGUAGCACAUCAUGUCAGAUAUAUUACUUUAUCAAGUAUUUAAAAGAAAUAGAAAUAGCUAAAAUAACAUAGUCCCCCAACCCCCAGUAUCUGCUGUUCCACACUCCAGCCCAAUCGGUGGCAGUAAUGCACCUUUAAGUUGCUUUAAAAACACCAAAAAAAACCUGAAGAAGAAGAAAAUGGCGGCGUGUGUUACUGAACCAACCGAGGACAAAAUAAAAACUCUACUCGAAAACAAAACCCCCGAAAAAAGCAACAAAAUAUGGAAUGAAAGUAUUUGACAGUAAGAACGUAUAUAUAUAUAUAUAUAUAUAUAUAUAUAUAUAUAUAUAUAUAUAUUAAAUUUCAAGCAUUAUUAUUAUCACAUUUUUCACAAAUUGCUACUGUCAUUUCACCAGUUUAUUUACAUUCUAAGCAGAAAUUAUUUUGUCGGACAUUUUGUACAAAGUAUUUAUGUAUCGAACUUGCAAAAAAUUAAAUAAAAAUGCUCUGUUUCUCAAAAUCCAGUGAAUGUGGAUAGAAUAAAACAGUUAUUCCACUCAAUCUCGUCGUACAUGACUUACUGACAACUCAGUGCUACGCUCCUUGUCGGCUAUCAGCUCAUGUAUGGCUCGAUUUCAUGGAAUAACUGUGAAUUAUGCCCCUGUCUUGAGUACGCUAGUCUAAAAACUAACAUCACCUUUCUUACAAUUGUUUAUUCCAGUAGUUUGAAAUGAAAGUAAUGUGGGCAUUCAAUGUUCAAUCCAUUUUAAUGACCCACAAAAAUUGUAUCGGAAAAUCUACAGUACUGCACAAUACGUUGUUUUUUUUUUUUUUUUCCAAUGUCUGUAAUAAUUACACAGACAAGGACAAGACUAUUAAAUUUAAGGUGCUAAAAUGAUGACAAAGAAUAAACUACAGAUUUUGCCACAUAAAGACCGGGUCACUUUGGGAAAUCAGGAAUUAAUAGGCAAGAAGACCCAAGCAUCCUUCAGCGUAAACAUCAAAAUGGUUAAUAUUACCAUUCAGCAAAAUUCAACUCCUAUCACUCCACUUGGCAAAACACUGUAUUUAUUCUAAAUUCGGAUGAACCACGACAAGUAGUUUAUUAUUACCAAUUGAUCAUCUGACGUGUAAAAAUCAGGAAUUCACCGUUUUUUACUAUCUGUUUAUCCUUCACGCUUUGUUCAUGUGCACCUUCUGUUAAAUCGUCUCAAGAAGCUGAUGUAUUUUUUUUUCUAUUAGCCUGGUCAAGGUGGAUGCAAUAUCUUCACAAGUGACACGUCAUUGAUUUAUGUAUAUAUUAUUUGUGGAAUGCAAAAAAUAUAUAUAUUAGUUGUUUUUUUAAUAUUCUGCAAAAUAAAGUAUUUUUAACAGCA